AUAAGAUUAGGUAUAUAUAUCGUGAAAUCUGGGCAGAAAGGCUCAUCACAUUUGAUACUUUCAGUUUAGGAACGUUCAUACAGAAUAAGAGGUAUAAAGCUGAUAGUUUUACAUUAAAAUCGGUUGUAUAAGGAAAUCUCACUUUACAUCUGGACAAAAUGAGUAACAUGCCAGUGCAGGAACAAAUGAUGAUGCCAGGGGAAGUAUAUGAAGAACAAUACCAAUAUGAACCUACACCAAAUUCAUAUGGAACACUUCAGUAUAACCCAUCUGGACCAAUCGAUCCAGACUACAUGGUAGAGGAAACCGCUUCUAGAGGAGAAUCACAUACGCCAUUUGUUGGUUUCUUCACCUCUAAGCUACUCAGGUCUGGAUUUGCUUUGCAGUCUGCCUCCUUGUCACUCAUGUUUAUCUUCUACUGGGCAUUUGGUGGAACUGGUAUCUUUGUAUUCGAUCUGUAUGCAGCACCAGAAAGCGUGAAAAUUUCUAGACCAUUCCACUUGACCAUUUCCACCCUCAUGGGACUCUAUUUACUAGGUACCCUCUACAUUGCCAUGUUUCAGGUUUUUGUCACAGAUAAUUCAAAGGCCGUAAGGGGAUUUCGUGCAGGUUCAAAAAUAUUGUCUGCGGCAGUUACCUUGGAUCUCCUUUCGUCCAUGCUUCGUUUGGUGCAGUACCUUUAUGCUUACUUUUACAUGAGCAUGAAAUGGUGGACAAGAUAUCAACAAACCAAGGCUGAUUGGAUCUUCUUUCAGUUUGGAAGUUUUACAAACAGCUUUGCACUUAUAAUGUAUGGUGCAGCACUCUUUUAUCUUGAGGCUUACCAUGAUGAAGGAACCUCUGAGGAAAUUGCAUGGACAAACCUCAUCCUCUUCUUUUUAGCUGGUCUUGCUGAAUUGUUGAUGGUUUUCACUGGUUAUGGUGCACUCUUUAGUUUGUUCCUUCUUGCAGCUAUUGUAAGCGGUACCAUUUGGGCCUUUUCAUUUGAGGCGUUGUUGGAUAAGUGGUCACCAUCAUUGCACUCUAGGGAUAUAAAUGCAGAUUUUACUACUGAUGAUCUCGCUGGAUAUGACUAUGCACAGGAACAAAUGGAUUUCCAUGGACAUGACUCUGAAUUGAUGCAUUCUCACGGUUAUGCACCUAUUCAGGGUGUGCCUACCAUGAGUAUGCCCUAUGUUCAACCUGGCCCAGAAAUUCAACAAGGAUUCGUAACACCAAAUUACGUAAUGGGUUAAUGGUUGGGCCUUGUGGCCGAAGUGUACAGUAGGAAAAUUUGCAGUCGCGAAACAAAUAAUGUGCUAUUCAAUAAUUAAAAUGUG